UGACAGUAUUUGUUGUUGCUUAAUUGUUCGUGUAAUUUGUGUUUAUUUAAUGAUUAAGUUUUUAAUCUUGAAAAUGAAAUGUACCGGAGUUAUGGGGGACUUAUUUUCUUCCGUCCACACCGUUCGCUUUGUCCUGAAAGUUUUUGCAUCAAAAUAACAAGCAAAAUAUUGAUAGUGAAGCCGUAUGGAUAAUUCCGAAGUAUUAUCAGACUGUUCUGAGUCUUCUAAAGCUUCAGAAUGUGGUUCUUCAAACCUGUCAACACUCUCAGGCUUGAGUGAAUAUCAAGGUGAAUUUUUGAGACUAAAGGAACUUAUCGAUCCUGGAAGUUCUCCCAAUGUUAAGGCAAGUGUCAGGAGAAACCAUAUAACAACGUGGUACGAAAACCAAAUUAAAACUUUGACUGUUCAAUUACAAAAUUCACUCAAGGAGAAUGAAAAUUACAAAAACCAGUUAUACAAUUUGGAGAAGAAAAAAGCUAUUUUAUACAAUGACAAGGUCGAGACAUUGCUCAAACAAAACAAUCAACUCGAGAAAAAGUUGUUAGAAGCCAACGCCCAAAUCCAGAGGCUUCUUAACGUCUGUGAAACCAAAAGUAACACAGACUUGCAGAACAAAAUGUUAAAGCUUGAGAAAAACAAUCAGGAGUUAUCCAACCAGAACUAUUCGCUAUCAAAUGAACUACGCCAAUGUACUUAUCAAAAGAGUGAGAUUGAAAGUGAUUAUUGUAACUUAAAGUCUGAAACAAGUGACUUAAAAUUAGAUUUGGUCGCAAAGUUGCAUUGUAUCGAAGAAUUGAAGAAAAAAAUCUCCGACCAACACGUUGAGCUACAAAACCUGACCCAAAACAACGUAAAGUUAGUCCACGAGCUUGAUUUACUUACAACCGAGUUGGAAUACGUCCGGAAAUCGGAAAAUUGGUACAAACACGAACUGCACCAACUGCAGGCCGAGAAAAGCGACUUGAGUGCGCAGCUUUUGCAAAAUAAAAAAACCACAGCCUUACAAGGGCAAAAAAUUCAGGAAAUGGGGCUCGAAUUGAGCAAUUUGAAGUGCGUUUGCGACGAGUUGCGCUUGAGUUCGCUGAAGGAAAAGGAGAGGAUUUUGAAGCAAUUUGAAAACUCCACUGACACGCCUAUCAAGCUUGAAAAUUUUAAUAAAAUUAACCCUCCCGUCGACAUUGACGGCAUUAGCACUUAUUAUGAGACAGUUAUUAGCGAUUUAACGAGCGACGUUGCUAAAAUUAAGUCGGACUUUGAGCACCAGCAAAAAAAUUUCGCCAACCUUUCCAGGGAAAAUUCGGAGGUUUUGGCGAAAUGUUUGUUGUUGCAAAACAGUUUGAACGAGAAGGAAAACACAAUCGAGCAGUUGGAAAGCAGUAAAAAAGAAUUGAAAUGCAAAUUAUCGCAAGCGAUGGAUAAGCAGGUGGAGGAGAGCCGGAAAUUGGCGGAUUUGCAUAAAAACUGCGCGAAACUCGAAACUGAGUUGCAAUUAAAAAAUGAGGAGAAAGACGUUGUUGAGAAGUCGGUGAAGGCGAUAAAAGCGCAGUUUAAUUCGUUCAGAUGCGGUUACCAGCGGUUGAAAGACGAGCUAAGUCGGAAGAACCUGGAAAUAGUUCGACUGCAACGUGCGUUAAGCGAAUUGGAGGAAAACACGGCGCGGGAUGCAGAGCACGUUGCCAAAUUGAAUGAACGGCUUGCUUUUGUGGAGAGAGCGAAUAAGGAGGCGGAAUUUGCGAAAGAAAAUUAUUUAAACGAGAUUAAUUCGCUAAAUAAAGCCAUUGAAGGUUUACAAACGAAGCCGGAGGAAAAUAACAACACGAGUCGAGCUGUUGAUGUAAUGGAAUACAUCUGCAAAAGCUGUAAUAUCGGUGAAGAUGGCUCUAACCGCCGUUCUGUGUCAAGUGGCAAUCACUCCGACUAUAUUAAAUUAUUACUAAAUCGGAUUGUUGCACAAUUUCAAUGCAACGCGACCGAAAUUGCGACCAAAGACCGCAACAUCGCCGAACUGAGGCGAAAAAUCGCAAAAUUGAAAAAGUUUCUAAUGAAUCGCGUUGAGAAAAUUGAGGAGCGGUGCAGAAGUUUUUCAAAACGGAGCGACGAAAAUAUGAAAAUGUUGAAAGCAUUGUGUGAAAAUAGCAAGGGUUGCGACCAGAGCGAAAAGUACAAGCACUUGCAAGCACUGCUACAAGUUAAAAUCCAAGAGGAGAAAGACAAACAACGACGAUACGAGAGAAAUUACCGCACAUUGUUACGGAAAGUUCGCGAGCACAUGAAAGGUAGAAAUGUAGCGGAAAAACAUAAUGGAUAUUUGCAAGAACUACAUAACAAUUUAUCAGACGAGUGUAACACGUUGAAGUUACAGCUAGAGAUGAAAGAUUGCGAAAUAAAUAAGUUACAAGAUUGUGUAGAUAAUUAUUUGGCAAUUAAUGAAAAAUUAAAACAAAAACUUGAAAAGGAGUUAACUAAUCCGUGUACCAAAUGUGAAGAAUUGGAAAAAAGUAACCUCGCUGAUGCGCUAAAGAGGUGCAAAUGCGAGGCGAAAGAUGAAGUAAUUCUAAACUUGCAACAUGAGAAUGAACGUCUGUUAUUAGAGAUGACUUCGCUCACUGCCAAGGUGGAAACACUUGUUGAAAGUAAUAACGCAUUGGGUGCCAAAUUAGCUAACUUAGAAAAAUUGUUAUCGGAAGAGAAAGCUACACACGAAAUUACGCGAAAUGGAUUAAUUCAGUUGGAAAACACUUGUUCGAAAUUUAAUAAUGAAAAGGAGCAGCUGGGUAAAAGACUCGAGAAUCUUUCGGGGAAAAAUGUUUACCUAACUAAAGAACUACAACACAUUAAUUCGUGUCUUCAGCAAAGGACUGAAGAGGUAAACGAAUUAAACUUGCAGAGAAAACACCUCGAAAACACUUGCUUGGAGAAGGAAGUUAAUUUGCAAAAGCUUAUUACUGGUCUGAAGAACCAACUUCUUGUUUUUAAAAAUGAAAUUGACUCACUAAAGAAUGAAAAAUACUUUUUACAAAGGCUGUGUAACGACUUAAAAGUCGCUUUGAAAAUUCACGUGGAUCACAAUAAGGCUCUGAAAGAGUAUGUUAAUAGCAGCUUUAAGGGGAAAGAAAAGUUUGACAGCAUGCCUCUUCUAUCAAAUUUUCCCAGUCCUACAAGGUACGACGAUGGUUACAUUAAUAAAUUAUUAGAAGAGAAUAAAACGCCCGUUCAAGAGACCCCGCUUAGUGAUAUCCAAGAUUGCCUGAAUACGCUUCGAAAUGAAAUUUGUGUUUUACAGAAUCAGAUUUCUGAAAGAAAUUAUUUGUGAUGUGCAAGUAUUAAACCAGUAUUUACAAAAAAAUAAAGUUUUUGCGUUUA